AUGCCACACACAGGCCAGCACCGACGUCUCCCAAACGGGUGCCCAAGUAAGGAUGAACAAUCGGACCAACCUCCUGACGGAGGUUACGGAUGGGUCUGUACAGUUGCAGCAGCAGUCGUCAACGCACACUGCUGGGGAUUCAAUUCGGCAUACGCCAUCUUUCUGGCAUAUUACAUGGACCAUCAGACCUUCCAGGGCGCCACUCAUCUGCACUACGCCCUGGUUGGGUCCUUAAGUUUGACGGAGACGUUCAUGAUAUCCCCUAUAGCCACCGUCGCCACGCAACGAUACGGGAUUCAGAAAACCAUGUUCGCAGGUGUCAUCUUUGAGACGGCCAGCCUUAUCUGUGCUAGCCUAGCAACCCAGAUCUGGCAUCUUUUCCUGACGCAAGGCGUUCUCUUUGCUUCCGUGAUUCCUCAGUGGUUCACUUCGAAGCGAUCCUUAGCGAGCGGUGUUUCUCUCUCGGGAGCUGGUCUCGGCGGCCUUGUUUACUCUCUAGCGACGGAGGCAAUGAUCGAUCGUUUCGGGCUCACCUGGGCGUUUCGGAUACUCGGUAUUCUUGCGUUCACGGUCAUCACUACCUGCAUUCUCUUGAUCAGGGACCGGAGCAGGACGGCUAAAUGUAGCAAAGCUAUGAUGGAGCUAGCUCUGACUAAAAAUGGGGGUUUCGUUCUUCUGGUUGGAUUCAGUUGCUUUACAAUCUUUGGCUAUUUCAUCCUUAUAUUCAAUCUAGCAAGCUAUGGAGAUGAGAUCGGCCUUACUCCUUCCCAGGCAUCCCUCAUUAGCGGCUUGUUUAACCUGGGCCAGGCUGUCGGUCGACCUUGUAUCGGAUACUUCAGCGACAGUGUUGGCCGUGUCAACAUCGCCGGUAUCGCAACUUUUCUGGCUGGAUUGAUAUGCUUGGCUGUAUGGGCUAAUGCGAACUCUUAUGGACUGCUGGUUUUCUUCGCAAUAUCGAAGGACUUGUGGCAGGAAAUUUCUGGGCAACGAUUGCGCCGCUGGUAG